AUGAAUUGGUCUCCACCUCUACCGGCAUUAUGCAAAGUAAAUGUUGAUGUUGCCACUUUCAAGGAUAUAAGAUCAACGAGUAUUGGGAUUGUAAUCCGUGACAACUUGGGGCAGGUUGCAGCGGUUUUAUGCAGAAAAUUGGAAGCUCCUCUUGGUCCACUUGAAGCUAAAUCAAAGGCAUUUGAAGCAGGAAUUCUCUUUGCCCUGAGUCGUGGUUUUACUAAUGUGGUGUUGGAGGGAGAUUCACAGGUAUUGGUAAAUGUUUUGGCGGGUUCUUCAUCUCCUCCCUCAGCUGUGGCUUUUGUUAUUCAGGGUGUCCUAGAGUUAUGUAUGGGGUUUACACAAAUUCAGUUUUCCCAUGUCAAGAGGCAAGGAAAUAUGCCAGCUCACUUAGUAGCAAAAAAUGCUUACAGCAUUGUUAAUGACAUUGUAUGGGUUCAAGAGGAUCCUUGCUUUGCUAAGCAAGCCCUCAUCCAUGAUGUAAAUUUUAUGUUUUCUUAG